CGCGCGGGCUUUUCGGUGCCGGGAUGGCGGAGCCGGAGCAGCUGCAGCUGCCGGAGGAGCCGGAGCCGGUGUCGGCCGAGGCGGUGCUGAGGGAGCUGCGGCUCUUCGAGCUGCGCUGCCAGGGCGAGGACGUGCCCGACAGGCUGGUGGAGCUGUGCCUGACCCACGGCCUGGGCCCGGUGGCGUUGGCCAACGAGCUGUUGGCCUUUGUCACCAGCAAGAACCUCGGCAUUGAGCUCUCCAGCAACGGCCUCCACGCCUUCGAGCACGAGGUCCUCAUCAAGCGGAGCAGCAGAGUCCCCCAGAAGAGGGACAACCGCUACAGCGGCCUCCACGACGUCCACUCUCUCCAGGAGCUCCUUGACGAGGAAGAGGAGGAUGAGCUGCUGGCCGCCUACACCACUCCCUCCAAGAAUUCCCAGAAACGCCCCAAUUCCACGCCGGAGACGCCGCGGCCCAAGCGGAGCCUCUCGUCCCGCAGCCCCUACGCGCUCUUCUCCCCCAGCAGCUUCUCCCCAAGCGUCACCCCCUCGCAGAAGUACAGCGCCCGCAGCAGCCGCGGCGAGGUCGUGGUCUCCUUCGGCUCCAUCCAAGGGCCCUCCUGGAGCGGGCAGGGGGGUCGUGGUUGUACCCCGCGACUCUUCGGUUCUCCAGAGGAAAACUUGACCAAAGCCUACAAAUUCAUGUUCCAAAAAGCACUUGAUACGCGGGAAGUGUUGUUGUGGAGGAUCGAGGUGCUCGGCGACGCGCUGAAGAGUCACCAUCACCUCGAGGACUUCACCUCGCUGUCGCUCCCGGCGCAGGAACUGGUGACCGUGCUGGGCCAGAUCGGCUGCGAUGCCAACGGGAAGCUCAACGCCAAGUCCGUGGUGCUGGAGGGCGACCAGGAGCACUCCUCCGGUGGCCAAGUCCCUCUGGACCUCUCGGAGCUGAGGGAAUAUUCCCUCUUCCCGGGUCAGGUGGUGGCGCUGGAGGGGACCAACAGCACCGGGAGGAGGAUGGUGGUCUCCAAACUCUACGAGGGGGUGCCGCUUCCCUUCCACACGCCGCCGGAGCCGACCUCAGAGCAGCGGAUGGUGCUGGUGGCCUGUGGUCCCUACACCCCGUCCGACAGCAUCAGCUACGACCCGCUCAGCGACCUGCUCACCGUCAUCGCCCGCGACCGCCCCGAUGUCUGCGUCCUGUUUGGGCCGUUCCUGGAUUCCAAACACGAGCAAGUGGAGAACUGCCAACUCCUGGGGUCUUUCUCUGAGGUCUUCAAGCUCUGCCUGAAGAUGAUCAUCGAAGGGACGAGAAGCGCGGGCUCGCAGCUCGUGUUCGUGCCCUCGGCGCGCGACGUCCACCACGACUACAUCUACCCACAGCCCCCGUUCUGCUGCCCGGAGCUGCCCAAGGACGACAAGCAGCGCGUGCACUUCGUGUCGGACCCCUGCACCCUGGAGGUGGACGGCGUCGUGCUGGGCCUGACCUCCACCGACCUGCUCUUCCACAUGGGAGCCGAGGAGAUCAGCAGCUCCUCCAGCAUCUCGGACCGGUUCACGCGCAUCCUGAAGCACAUCCUGACGCAGAGGAGUUACUACCCAUUGUACCCCCCCUCGGAGGAGCUAAACGUUGACUACGAGAGCUUCUACAGCUACGCAUCGUUACCGGUCACCCCGGACGUCCUGGUCACCCCCUCGGAGCUGCGGUACUUUGUUAAGGAUGUGCUGGGCUGUGUCUGCAUCAACCCCGGGCGGCUGACGAAGGGGACGGUCGGGGGUACCUAUGGCCGCCUGUACCUCCAGCGGGACGACACCGGGGGCGAGCGCAAGAGCCCGUGUGUCGCCGCUCAGGUUGUGAAGAUCUAAAUGACUGGGAUGGAGCUUCCUUAAUCCAAGCACCUACAAGGCAACAGCUACACCGGGACUGGCCAAACACACCUGGAAUUGUGCUCAACAACCCCCCAACCGCUCCCGUUGUGCGGAGCCCUCCCGCAACAGCCGGACACAGCCGGGGCUCUGCUCCGCCUGUUCAUCCCUGAGGGAGCUCCUGACCCUCAGCUCUCGGUGGCUCGUGGGGCUGUUCAUGGGCUGGUUCCGUUGUCCCACUCCUUAGGUUGACAAAGAGGGAUGUUCCAGCUGGAUUUACCCAUGGAAGAGGGGAAUCCUGGCAUGGAAUCGUCCUCGGCUGUCCUGGAUUCACCCCCUGGGUGAUGUUUGGGUCAAGCUUCCUCAUGAUGGGAUCUGGAGUUUAAUUAGUUGGAAAACAAUCCACCGGCGCCAGGGAAUGACACCGGGAAAAUCCCGGCGCGGGGUUGGGCGUGAAGCAGUUUUCCUGCCUUUUCCCCUCCAAUUCCUGAGGAGGAAGCUGGAAGUGAAUUCAAAUCCCCUGAGUGUUCUCCUGCCAUUCCUUCAGCUCCAAUCCCAGGGUGGGAAAAGGCUUUUCUGACCGGAAUAAAGGUAAAUCCAAUGGGAUGAAA